UUUUUCUUUAUUACUUUAUAUAAACACAACUUUCUUUAUAACCUUAUUUUCUUUAUUACUCUAUAUAAACACAUAUUUCUUAAUAACCUUAUUUUCUUUAUUACUCUAUAUAAACACAUAUUUCUUAAUAACCUUAUUUUCUUUAUUACUCUAUAUAAACACACAUUUCUUUAUAACCUUAUUUUCUUUAUUACUCUGUGUAAACACAACUUUCUUUAUAACCUUAUUUUCUUUAUUACUCUAUAUAAACACACAUUUCUUAAUAACCUUAUUUUCUUUAUUACUCUAUAUAAACACACAUUUCUUUAUAACCUUAUCUUCUUUAUUACUCUGUAUAAACACACAUUUCUUUAUAACCUUAUUUUC